AUGGCUAAGUGGUGCAUCAUGCUUCUUGUUCUUGCCCUUGUUGUUGUGUCCACAGCAAGUGCAAGAAAGGUUCCUAAUAAUGAUGCAACUUUGAAGGACCAGAAGAAUUUCCUGAGCUAUGGCGGCGUUGGUGGCUAUUCGGGAAUUGGAGGGAAUGGAUUGCCCUUUGGAGGUGCAGGUGCUGGAAUUGGAUCCAACUUUGGUGGUGCAGGAGCUGGCACCGGGAUGGGCGGAUUCGGUGGAUUUGGUGGUGGAGUCGGCGGCGGUGGUGGAGCUUCUGGCAGUGUCCCUCUCCCUUGA